UUAAAGAAACAUUAACUUUUGACAACGCCAAGUCAACAAGCCACCUCGGAGAAAGUCAACUAAAAACAUGUAGCAACAGUGGUGUGAUCAAACAUGCAAAGGCCUUAACAGACAUCGGCUGGCGGUUUCUUCUUUAAAAAAAGAAAAAGAAAAAAGAGGAACCUUCAUGUCUACCGCUAAAAUCCAAAAAAACACACAGACAGACAGACACAGGCCAGUUUAGAAACAGCUGCUGAAGUUUUAACGCAGCGACAGGGUUUGAGGAGGUGAAGGUCUCAGCUGGUGGGCUGAAUCUCGGCGACUGUGUCCUGAAGGGUUACAGACUUGGCUUAAGGCAACCUGCCAACAAAAGAGGCCUUCAGUGCUCUUCUCUACAGUAUGUGCGGUGACUUCUGUGAUAUUUGUGAUCAGUCCAAUUUAACUGCAAGUGAAAAACAGACAGGAUGUGGUGACAAAAUGUGGGAGGGACAUUAGAUGUACAAUCAGCAGUUUCAUUUCUUAUUUCUCCGCAAUGACAUUUGCAGAUUCCUAAAUCAAAUUCCCUGUAUUACAUUACGAAAGCCGGGUAAUGAACACAGUACAUUCACAUUCAGUCUGCAUGUUGUCACUACAAAGAGAAAUACACGUUUUAGACCUUAUUUCUUGAACUGCCUCCUCAAAAAAGCUAAAGAUAUUUUUUGCUGUCUCUCGGUUUACCAGUGCAAACACAGCUUGAAUUGCUUCUUAGUCAGCGUCUCUUGAUUCAGUUUGCCUGCACUGGAAACAAUGCUGUCUGAAUGCCGUGCAACCAUAGAGCGCACAGAGAAUGUGGAAGCCAAGAGUGCUGGGUAAAUAAGGUGGGUGUAGGACAACUCCAAUGGAAUGCAAAGUUGACACUGUGGAGACUGUUGACUCACUCCCCCAAAUAAAUGACAACAGCCAAGCCUAUAAGAGACCCCUCACUGUGACCUGGAGUUUUUCACUCCUGCUGAGGAAGCAACUAUCCAGGGUCUUGUUCUUUCUGGGAUCUAUAGAAACAUCCAGCAGCAGGUGUUCUGAAAUGGGUGGAGUCAAGAGAAAUAUCCUUCUGUACUCAUUGUGCUGCUGCUAUGUGGUCCCACAGUAUCUUUGCACAGGACUUCAUUCUCAGACUGUGAGAUUUUCAUCUCAAGUUGGUAUUCAUAUGGAGCAGCAAUCCAUGUGCCCUCAGAUCAACGUUGGAGACGAUUACUUCCCAGGCUUUUAUAUUAUGUCCCAGUUCCACAUUGCUGAGCUGGCAAGAAGGGGCACUGUUAAAACAGUUACUGGAUCAUCCCCUCAGCAUGUCGCUUAUCAAAUAGGUCCAGCUUUCAACUUCAGAAUCAACACGAGGUCAGCUUAUCCCCUGGGACUGCCGGAGGAGUUCGCAUUUUUGGCCAUGCUACGCAUGAGUGGCAGCACUAUCAAUAAAAACUGGAAUAUCUGGCAGAUGCAGGAUGUGAAUGGCAACGAGCAGCUGGCUGUAAGACUCAACGGGGAGUCUAAGUCUCUGGAGUUUACCUUCACAGCGCUGGACGCUGGGAGUCAGACUGUAGUUUUCAGCAACCUGGAUUUUCUUUUCAAUGAACAGUGGCACAAAGUCCUGCUUGAUGUUGGCAGGCGCUCCGUUACCCUGAUCGUGGACUGUAUCAUGGUCGGUUCUCAGACUAUACCACCCCGACAAAAAGUCAGUUUGGAUGGCUUCACGUUGAUAGGAAAACUCAAGGACAACCCAGUGAUGGCAAUUCCGUUUGAAGUCCAGUCAAUGCUGAUUCACUGCGACGUGACGCGAGCCCGGGCAGAGCCUUGUUAUGACCUCCCGGCCAGGACAUCGCCUGAUGUGACAGAGGUGCAGAGGAGUGAUGGAACUGCUGGCCCUCCUGGACCUGCAGGUGUCCCAGGAAUUGAUGGUGUUGCUGGGGAAAGAGGAGAAGAUGGCGUGGAUGGUCGACCUGGUCCUGAUGGAGAUGCAGGUAAACCUGGCUCUUCAGGAUUACCUGGAAUUCCUGGAAAUGAUGGUUUGACCGGCCCUAUUGGAGAGCCUGGGACCGACGGUCCCCUUGGACAGAAAGGCGAACCUGGAAAAUCUGGACCUCGUGGAGCAACUGGUGUUGGGCCGGAUGGACCCCCCGGACCACCCGGGCCUGGAGGACUUCCGGGUGAAGUAGGAAAAGUUGGACCACCUGGGGCAAUGGGUGUGAGAGGGCCACAGGGACCUCGUGGACCAACAGGGCCCAGAGGGGCAGCUGGAAUGCUAGGCAGUGGCGACCUGUGUCCAAACUCAUGUCCACCUGGGACUCCUGGACAUCCUGGCCUUCCUGGUAUGAAAGGCCACAAAGGUGUCAAAGGUGAAGCUGGAGAACCUGGGAAACAAGGGCACAAGGGUGAGGAGGGAGACCAGGGAAGCCCAGGGGAGGUCGGAUCCCAAGGACCAACGGGUCCUCAGGGAAUUCGCGGAGCCACGGGAAUGAUGGGCCACAAGGGAGAGAUGGGAUUUCGAGGUCUUGACGGAGAUCCAGGUCCCCAGGGUGUUGCAGGGGCACUUGGGGAUCGAGGGCAGAGAGGUGUGAUGGGUGAGCCUGGGCCUAAAGGUGAAACGGGUGUGCAAGGACAAAGAGGAAUCACAGGUCUUCCAGGUCCAAAGGGAGGGGCUGGCUUACCAGGUGUGGAUGGCCGCGAGGGUAUUCCUGGGAUGCCAGGAGCAAAAGGAACCAUCGGGAAAGCAGGCGUUCCAGGAGAGGUCGGACUUCAGGGGCUUCCUGGUUUGCCUGGCUCACCCGGACCGAAAGGCUUGAGUGGCGCUAAGGGAGAUUCUGGUAAAUUAGGCCUUCCUGGAACAAUGGGACCUGCUGGGAAAACAGGUGAGCGUGGAGACCAGGGGGAGGUGGGACCUGUCGGACCUAUUGGUGAACCUGGAGAUAUUGGAGUGCAAGGCCCUGUGGGUUCAGCUGGCAAGCCAGGUGCCAGGGGACCCAAAGGUGACCCCGGCCUUCCCGGUCUCCCUGGUCCUCCUGGCGUGCCCGGGGUGAAAGGAGAGAGGGGAGAACGUGGAGAAGGAGGACCCAAAGGAGAGCAGGGAGAACAAGGUGAUGAGGGAAACCCUGGAGACAAAGGGGAUGGUGGUCAGCCUGGAGAAUCUGGAGCUAAAGGAGAGGUCGGUAACCCUGGUGAGCCUGGCAACAGAGGUCCUGAGGGAAGUCGUGGCCAGCCUGGCAUUGAGGGCCCGCCUGGGACACCUGGACCAAGGGGCAUGCAGGGGAACAGAGGUUCACCUGGAGUCAGAGGAUCUCAGGGUCCUGCGGGUAAAGAGCCAAGUGAUCAGCACAUCAAACAAGUUUGCAUGCGAGUCAUGCAAGAACAGCUGGCCCAGUUAGCUGCUAGUUUAAGGAGGCCAGAGUCUGGCGCAGUUGGUUUACCUGGUAAACCUGGACUACCAGGGCCUCCUGGGAAUCCAGGAGACAAUGGCUUUCCUGGGCAGCCUGGAUCAAGAGGCCUUCCAGGACUCAAAGGGCCACCAGGAAUUUUGGGAAAGAAAGGACCCAAAGGUGAAAUGGGAGACAGAGGUGCUAGAGGGCCCACUGUGCGAGGACCUAAAGGUCAGCCAGGACCUCCUGGACUUCCUGGUGAGCCAGGCAAACCUGGCUACGGUCAGGAUGGCCGGGACGGGCAGAGAGGACCUCCUGGCGUUCCCGGACAACCCGGUGUACCUGGGCCUCCCGGUUCAGCUGGUCCUAAUGGUUACUGUGACCCAUCAGCCUGCAACCUCCAGGCAGGGGCCGCGCACCAGUCUCUGGAUGUGAAGGGACCAGCAGGGAACUAAGAGCAAUUCUGGCAGAGACAGAAAGACUGUUCCCCCUGAGCACACAACAUUUUUCACACUGUCUUCCAAGGGGCUGCGGUUGGUGCGGUGCUUUCCAUCCAUUAACCUCUAGUCUUGUGAGCAUGUUUCGUGCCAGCCACAUCUCCAUCAGAAGGAGCCAGCCUCUUCAAGUCGUAAAGGAACACAAAACAUUUUCUUAUGUGCCACAAAAAAUCUAACUUGUUCUGGUGUGUUUUUCUACCUGAGAGAUGUUUUUGAUUUUCAUGAAGUUGUGCUCACAUUUCUGAGACGAUAUGAAAUGAACAGAAAUGUCUGUUUAUCCCACUCUCCUUGUACCUCUCUGCCUGUAUUUUCCUCCUCAUUUUCUCCAUUUACACUGUUUUUUUUCUGAAAUAAAAGCUUCUCCACUCUCUCAUAGUACAUUUCAAACGAUCACCCAAAAGCAAAUCAGGAAUUCUUUUGGUUCAAAUGUGUAUUUUUAAUUAUUUUCAUCUGUAUGUGCUAAUGUACCAAAGAUAAACCUGCUGAAAUCCCUUUUUAAACAUACAUUUCUACAUGUCUGAUCAUCUUUUCAAAAUAAAAAGGAGAGAGGAUGAACCUGUCAUCAAGUCACACUGACUUCAGUUUAUGUUGUAAAUCUGUAAAAAAAAAUGUUUGAAUUGUGGUUAAUUAUAUUUCCUACAAAACAACCUGAUGUGAGAUUUUGUCUCAUUGUACAGAAUGACGACAGAGUGCAGUCGUGCAUUUAUGGAAAUAUAUUUUAGGGAUGAGGGAGACCCUCAUUAAUGUUACAAAUAAAGAAAACAAUAC